CGCAGCUCUACUAUUCGAGGCUUGCCCAACAUGGCCUUUGCUGGCGUAUCUCUCAUUGUUGACGGCAAGCUGUGCGUCUCCACCAAGUCGGUCAUCAACUCGGGAGCAGAUACCGGGUACCACUUGCUGGUUGUCGAAGGUUACUUGCGCACCAGAGAGACUACUCCCAACGGCGAGUCCAUCGAGUCUCGUCCUUUCAUUGUUGGAGGCCGUCGUUGGAUCAUUGGCUACUCACCUAAUGGCGAUUCCUCGGAUAAUGAAGAAUUUAUAUCGCUUGAGCUUGCCCUUGAGGACGAUAUCGAGCAGGGCGUUGAGUUUCAGUAUGUCUUCAGUUUCAUUGACCAGCCCGAGUUGCGGGUGCCAAAGCACAUCCGCCAAAGCCAACCAGUUUACUUGGACGUGGAUGAAUUUUUGUAUACCCAGUCUGAAUUCAUGAAUAGGGAGGUUUUUGAAAGAUCAAGGCAUCUCAAGGACGACAGCUUCGUCAUCCGGUGUGACCUUGUUGUCCACAAGUCGGCCGCGGACCACAAGGAGCAGGGCACCACCACUCUUCCUUUCACCGAAUUGCCACAGUCUGACUUGCCAAGCCAUCUUGGCGAUCUCCUCCUGAGCAAGGAGGGUGCUGACGUCACGUUUGAGGUUGACGGCAAGGCGUUCGCUGCGCACCGGUGGAUGCUUGCAGCCCGAUCCACCGUAUUCAAGGAACAGCUCUUUGACGCCAUGAAUGUGGGCACUGCUACAUCAAGUGUUGUCAAGGUAGUCGACAUCAAAGCAAAUGUGUUCCAGUGCUUGCUUACCUUCAUCUACACUGAUGGAAUACCCAAAUUCGAGAUUGAGGACACAGAAGAGAAUGACACGGAAGAAGACUGGCUGCUGCAGCUCCUUGAAGCUGCAGACAGAUAUGGUCUCCAAAGGCUCAAGUCAAUCUGUGAAGAGAAGUUGACCGAAUUGAUUUGUAAGGACACGGUGGCAGACAUCAUUGUCGUGGCUGAGCGGAACCGGUGCCUCUGGUUGAAGCAUUCUUGCUUGGAGUUCGUCAAAACUAGCACAAAUUUGCACACUGUUUUCACGGCUGAUGGGCUGGAGCAAAUAAUCAGGACGUGCAGACCCUCCGUUCUCAAGGAGCUUCUCUCCAAGUUUGCUUCCUGA